AUGGCAGGAAAUCAUAACCGACCUAGAAGAGGCGGUGGUAAUCACCCCUCUGGCCGAAACAAUCCUCACAAUCGCUCACAUCACCGCCAUGGAUCUCCUCCUGCGCGCGCGGCAGAAGAUCAAGGCCCCAAAAUGUCGCCUCAACAACAGCGACAGCAACAACAACAACAAGCGCCACCAACGGGUCCUAGAGCAAUGCAAAUCCCCACACCGCAUCCAUCUUUUAUUCAAGUUGCGAAACCGUAUGUUUUUGAACAUACGAUCCAGGAAUGUCUUGCGGCGACUAGAGUCGAUCCUCAGCGCGAAGAUGAUAUUCGCAUUUCUGGGGUGACAUGGAUUGACAAUGUUCGCAAAGCUCUUCAUUUACCUGUGAGGACGUAUAAUACGGCUUGUGUGUAUUAUCACAAGUUCAGACUCGUUCACCCUGAUAGUCAGUACAGUUAUAUGGAUGCGGCGGCAGCGGCUCUGUUCACAGCCUGUAAAAUUGAAGAUACUCUCAAGAAAAGUCGCGAUAUCGUGUGUGCUGCAUAUAAUCUCAAACUUCCUCCAUCGGAGCAAGUAUCCCCUGACGAUGCUAUAUUUGACCAACAUUCCCGAGGGAUCAUCAUCCUCGAAAGACUAAUGCUAGAAGCAUCAGGCUUCGAUUUCCGCAACCGCCAUCCUCAAAAAUUGCUCGUCAAAUUGCUGAAGCAUUAUGGAUUGAAAAAGGACGACGAAGUCGGGAUAGUCGCUUACUGCAUUUCGCUCGAUCUGUACCGCACGUUUGCGCCUUUGAAGCAGACUACGGGUACUAUGGCAUUUGCGUGUCUUGAAUUAGCGUCUCGUCUGCUCGAUGCUGGUUUGGAGGAUGUUGAGGCUGGGAGGGGUUAUCAUGAUUGGAAAGUGGGACGUGCUGAAGUCAUGGAAACACUGCUGGACUUACUUGAUCUAUAUAUUCAUCACCGAUCGUCCACCGUCGUUGGCCCCGAGUACCCCCUUGAUGCCUUUCUUGCAAUUCGCAUCCCACUAAACAAGGAAAGCGAGGACGAAGGACUUCCCCGAUUCACGCAUUGGCGAGAUCACAUAUCCACCAACAAAACAACCAACGGCACAGGCCCCAAACACGGCAAACACAACAAAAACAAGGGCAAGGGCAAAGAUCAACGAGACCGAGAUCUUGAGAUUGUUGCUGUUGCUGCUGGUCCACCACCUAAUCCGCUGACACCGGUAUCUGCAAAUGGCGAGAAACCGGUUUUGAGUGAUCGUGGUCGUGAUGGGACGGUACGGUUUAUGUUGGAUAUGGAACGUGCCAAGGCGGAGAAGAAGGUUGUUUCGAGUUAUUUCAGGGAUACUAUUGAGGAGGUUGAGGAGUGAUACAUACAAUCUCUCAUUUCAUGAGCGUUGGUAUGUUGUAUAGUAUUUGAGGUCGUGGAGUUUUACCUGUUCAUAUCUGUUUCUUCGUUUUUGGUUGGAUCGCGUCUGUUUGGGUGAUAUGCAUGCAUAGUUUGGCCGUGGUUUUUUCCCUUCUGUUUUGAGUGAUACCCCUUUCAAUUCGUUCUUUUCUCUUGUG